AAACUAGGGAUGCCAGCCGUGAAAGCCUUUGACUUCACAAUAAUACUCAGGUUUGCUGCAUCUGAACUAGUUUUGGCUUCUUUCUUUUUGCAAAGUUGGUCCAUGCAGUUUUGAAGUUGCUGGCAAUGUUCCUUCCUCUGCUGCAUUCCCUUCUUAACUGAGUCCAGCUUGAUUCCCGCCGCUGCCAUGCAACCCCCAACCUUUCUCUCUAAUGGCUGAGAGUCUGGUGUGUAUCAGAUGGAGGGGCCAGCCUCUGGAAAUAGGUUUCAGAUGUUUUCCCUGACCGGUUCCCGGGCCUGCAUCGGAUAAGCUGUAAGUGUUUCUAUAGGAACAGAGGAGUGCGACAUCUCGCCUGCUGCUGCUGCUCCCCAGUGGCUCCCUCCUGAGCAUGCCCAGAACGACUCUCGACUUUGGCUCAAGUAUCCUGUUUGCAGUUACAGGCUGCACAUAUGGGACUAUGAAUGAAGUCCCCCAUGAGCUGCAAGUCUUUGUCUUCAGGAAGAAGAGAAGGAGGCAAAAAAGAAUUAAAAAGAAGGAGGAGGAGGAAGAAGAGAUUGGAGAUUUCCCUUUCUAUGCUCCAAGAACUCAGCCCUUUGGGUGGCCUUCUGAAGAAUGCUUGCCUGUUUGGCCCGGGGAAAUUUAUUGGAUAUACUGCACGAGGGCUUCACAGAACAACAGUUGCAGGCGUACGUAGCCUGGGUGAAUUCUCAGCUGAAGAAGAAGCCGGCGGUUAAGCCAGUGCAGGACCUGAGGCAGGAUCUCCGAGAUGGGGUCGUCCUGGCUUCUCUCAUUGAGAUUGUUGCUGGAGAGAAACUGAGCGGAGUGCAGGUCAGUCCCACCAGCCAGCAGGAAAUGAAGGAGAAUGUGGAGAAAGUGCUACAGUUCGUGGCAUUGAAAAAGAUCCGUAUGCACCAGACGUCGGCUAAAGACAUUGUUGAUGGGAACCUGAAAUGCAUCAUGAGGUUAAUCCUUGCCUUAGCCGCUCAUUUUAAACCUGGCUCAAGCAAAACUGCAAACCAGGCUGCAUCCAGCUCUGUGGGAAGGAGUGCCACUGGACCAGGGACACCAUCAACCAAUCACAGGCCCCAUUCUGCCACUGCCAUGGCUCAGGGUGCAGUGGCUGCCCUGGCUGACGUUCGGCAGGAUGUCUCACGCUUGGGACGUGAUGUCUUCCGACACAGACGGAGAAACAGCAGCCUAGAUGAAGAAAUUGAGCAUCCGUACUGGAGUGUCCGGGCGUUGGUACAGCAAUACGAGGGGCAGCAAAGUGUGCCUUCAGAAUCCCACUCCUCCAGUCUCACGUCUCCCAGCCCCAUAAACAGCGCAAGGAGCGAGUCCAGUGCUACACCUUCGGAGGAGAAGGCAGGAUUUGAUGUUGUUCAUGAAGAAGAAGCAGACACAAGAACAGAAGAGACAGGCUCCUUGUUUCCCCCUGAAUGGCAGGCCAGGUGCCCUGCAACAAGUCUGGAGACUUCAUGGGAGGAGCAGCUCUUGGAACAGCAGGAUCACUUAGAAAAGGAAAUGGAAGAAGCCAAGAAGAUGAUUUCUGGACUGCAGGCCUUGCUGCUUAAUGGGUCCUUACCUGAGGAUGAACAAGAAAGAUCAUUUAUCCUUCCCGAACAGGAGGGUUGCCCUGAAGAGCAGCUGGUCAUCAUCCGGAGCCGUCUGGACCAGAGCAUGGAAGAGAAUCAGGAACUAAAGAAAGAGCUGCAGAAGCAGAAACAAGAAGCUCGGAGCCUGCAGGGAGUAAAGGAUGCCUUGCAGCAGCGCCUGGCCCAGCAGGACGUGGUCAUUCUUCAGAUAAAGCAAGAGCUGCUGAGAGCAAACAUGGACAAGGAAGAGCUGCACAGCCAAAAUACUGAUCUACAGAGAAAAGUUGAAGACAGGAACCGGCUCCUGGCAGAAUACAAGAAGGAGCUGGGCCAGAAGGAUCGCCAUCUGCACCAGCACCAGGCCAAGAUGGAGGAAGUGCUGCGGCAGCUGUCCGAGGCCAGCUAUCAGCAGGCGGAGCUGGAGCGAGAGCUGGAGCACAAAGAAGCCCUACUUGCUCAAUGCAUGAAGAAGGAUGCAGAGGAGCAGGUGCUAGUCUACAGCAACCACAACUCUCAGAGCAAUGGCUUCCUCCAGACAUCAGGAAAAGGAGCAGCUUCCACAGCCCACAGAGGUACAAACGACCUCCAGCUGGUGCGCGAGGCCCUGCGCAGUUUGCGGAACAGCUUCAGCGGCCACGACCCCCAGCAUCACACCAUCGACAGCCUGGAGCAGGGCAUCUCCAGCUUGAUGGAGAGACUGCACCGCAUGGAGAUGCAGAAGAGGCAGGAGAAGAGGGUCCGAGGGAAGUCACCUGCCCCCCACGUAACGAACGAGUACCGAGAUUCCUGGCCCUCCAACUCCAAACUGCCUCAUUCUCACAGCACCCCUGCAAUGAGCAGCAGUGCCUGCACCAAAGUGCUCUACUUCACAGAUCGCUCCCUCACACCUUUCAUGGUGAACAUACCAAAGAGGUUGGGUGAGGUGACACUGAGGGAUUUUAAAACAGCUAUUGAUCGAGAAGGAACACACCGGUACCAUUUCAAAGCCCUGGAUCCAGAAUUUGGCACAGUCAAGGAGGAGGUUUUCCAUGAUGAUGACAUUAUUCCUGGGUGGGAAGGGAAGAUUGUGGCUUGGGUGGAAGAGGACCAUGGGGAGAACUAACUGGACAACUGAACUCUUUUAUCAUGAAACUCCACCACUGUCUCUUGCACUUGCCAGAAACUGACCAAAAAGCAUGUGAACUGAGAUGCAUCUGACUCACAGCUGCCAAAAGAAAGGAAUUGUUUGCAAAAUGACGGGUAUCAAGGUUUGCCACAUGCAAGGAUGUCUGGCAUUCACGUUUCAUGGCCAAAAGUUGUGAAUUUAAUUUCAAAAGUCCUGUGAGGUGGGGAACGAACUGUCUCUCUUUAUUAAGUCAGUGUUGGCCUUAAUGAUGUAUUUCUUCCCAUUUCUCAGUCCUGCUGUUAGUCGUAACCUGGAGAACUUUCAUUGAUGGCAUUCAGUAUUAGAAGGAACCCUGCACUUAAUGGCUAAAACUAGAAGCUGUGGCCUCCAGAGGCAGGCAGUGCUGUUGCAGCUACAGUCUCUGUGUCUAAAACUCUCACCAGCCACUCAUUCCAAGCAACUCUGUGCCCAACACACUUUCCUGCAGCAAAAACCCAUUCAAUUCUGUCAGCAUCAGGAACCAAGAAGACUUCUUCUGGAAGGAGACAAGUGGAGAGCAGCUUACAUCAACGAUAAACAGCUUUGGCAGCAGAGCGAUGGGCACCUGCUUUUGAAGGACUUGAAACAACUAUUUUAUUUUGCUAUGAUGGGACAUGGUUUUUGGAGGAGUUUCUUCAACACCCUUGGUUGCCAUUUUCCUUUUGUAUUGGCAAAAGGCCCACAAAAAGGUCCAUGCAUUUAUUUCUGAAUCCUUCUCCAGGGAUCAUUUGGCAAAACAGGGACUUAUGUCCCUCUGGGUUCUCUUAGAUCAGAUAUGGAGAAAGUGUGGUGCAGUCUCCAGGGCUGUUUUUGUGCUCCAAAAUGCCCCAGGAUGCCCUAUGGGAUGGGUAGAAGGAAUUCCCACAACAUUUGACACUCCCCUGGGAUGCCCAGGGGUUAAAAAGACACUUUGCAAUUUAUCUCAAUUUAUUUUUUGCCCUGAAAUGCUCUCAACGGAGCAUGGAGAGCAUUUCCAAAACUGGUCUCUCUCUCUCUCACACUAUUUUGAUGAUUGAUAGAGCGCAGUAGCCUUUGGACAGAGCUGGGAGCAGCAAGAAGAAAGCGGCAUGAACCACUCAGUGUUGGUUUGAUGGGAAAACCCUUGAGGCAUGGCCGCACAUUUUUGCCAAGGGUCACCCUAACACAACUGACCAAUUCUCCCCCAGUCUAGAUGGGUCUCUUGGCAAUCCAGUCACCAGACAGGAGCUCAUGCGGUCAGUACCUAAGGAAGGGCAUGCCCAGUUCUGAGUCAACAUAGAUCUGUUUUCUUCUUCUUCUGUAUUUCUAGUCAUGCCCUACCAUGCUGGACCUGGGAGUGCAGAUUCUCUGUUAGGGAUCACUGAACUGAAAAGCAGAAUUAAAGUUUUGCUUUAUCUGCCUCUCUUCCUCCUCCAGCCAGUCUCACGCUGUGCGUUUCCUUGUGUGUCAUAGUGGUGUCCUCCAAAGCCUGGGUUGCAAGCCUGCUUGUCUCUGAACGAACUUCUGUCUGCGUCCUUUCCAACUGCAGCCGGACGUUUGAAGGAAAACUUGGACUUCUGUCAUUUUAUAGAUGUAAAACAUAGCCCUUUUUGUAAAUUGUCCCUGUUUUGGAGGAUUAUUUUGUAUCCAUUUAUGUCGUCGUUGUUCAAGGACGGUGUAUAUUUUUUAUACUAAGUGCUUCUUUUCCUGUAUAUUUCUGCACGCACAUUGUACUGCAUUUUAUGCUCUUCUCUCUCUAGAGGAUGCUGACAUGUUUUGCACUGCAUCCUGCGAAUGCCACCCUCCGUGGCUCCUGUAACUAGUUUUAUUUUACUGGCAGGAUCUUAAGUGGUUUUAUAUUUCUCCAUUGAUUUCUCGAUAGGCCUUUCCCCGUUGUCCGUUUUUACAGAGUACAGAAAGAGCGGUAGUGCCUUUCUAACCCAUGCAGUUGUUCGAAUCCAUGAUUAAUAUUCAGGGCGCAGUCUUUGUUGUCACUCUGAACAACUACGAAAUUGGCUUUCAAAGGACAGAGUUUGUUAAUAAGGGGAAUACAAGUUUUUCCUCUAAACAAACCACCUUCUGUUUCUUCUUAUGGAAUUGCUGGUUUCUCUGUUGCAUGAAUUUUUGUAAGUCGCAAAAAGACAGCAUGGCGUUAUCUUUAGGGAAAACUGUCCUGUUACUUUCAGCAAGAAAUUUUGAGGUCCAUCUUGUACCUGCUUUUAGAUUGCAUUUCGGUUGAGUAAUUCUCCCUGUCAUAUCAACUCAUAUAGCCAGAAACAUAACAUCUCAGAAAAGGUGUAAGGACUGUGGCUGGGAGCAAUCCUGCGUGCAGUUAUGCUGCUUUAAAUCCCAUGGAUUUUGGCAUUAUAAAGCUAAAGUCGAGGCGUGUUGCCACCUUUGCCCAAUACCUUUGGUUUGACUGUGUUCCUAUAGUUAUACCAAAGAUGCCAUUCACACCACUUUCCUAAAAACUAACCUGUUGGUCCUUCUUGGGGGGAAACCACAGGAAAGAGUCUGGACACUCCUAAACAGUGGAUUUCCAGAACCCUCAACAAACUACAAUUAAGCUGCAACAUUUGUUUUAAAUCCCAUAUAUGUUUGAAAUACAGUACACGCCAGGUUUAUUAACCUUCUCCUCAUAGUUUAUGUGCAGUUAGGGUACAAAUUUGGACUGGAGUAUCACGCAUCAUUCAUGGAACCAACAAGGCCCCGUGUUUUCAACACCUUUAUGGCUAAUUUAUACAUAAGCCGCUCUGCAGUUGUUUUGCUUCCCUAGAAACUGUUGAGGUUUGCAAUCUUGGCUACUUGAAACGAGGAUUACUCUGUCGGUGCAUUGACCAAGAAAGACCUGAAGCUUGUUCGUUGGACGUCCUUUUGGAGAUCUGAGGACCAAGACUUUAUAAAGGGAAAGGGGGAGGAAAAAAAGCUUUCAAUAAAGAGAGUUUAUUGAAA